AUGCCGUCGUUUUGGGAAACCGUCAACGUAGAUGGACAGAGCAUGGACCUGUAUGCUGCUGCGCCCAGUGGCGACGGUACCUUCCCGGGAGUGGUGGUGAUCCACCCUGCCGGAGGCGUCAAUGAAUUCCCGCAGAGGAUUUGCGACCGCUUGGCAGAGCAGGGUUACGCCGCGGUGUGCCCCGACCUGUUUCACCGGAUCACCGAUACCAGGAUGACCGGCGUGGAAAAAGCCGGGUCCUUGCUUGACCCCGAGGUCGUGGCCGACGUCAACGCCGCGGUGGGUUUCCUGCAGUCCCAUCCCUCCGUCGUCGGGGACCGCAUCGGGGAUUACCGGGUUCUGCAUGGGCGGCCGCGUUAG